AUGUCUCUCCGCCAGGACCGCAAGAACCAGCUCGUACAUGAUGCGCUUGAUGCAGGAGCUUACAAGCAGGCAUUACAGCUCUGCAACAAACGCAUCAAAAAAGGCGAGAAGAAUGAUUAUCUUUUUGCCAUCAAAGCCCUUAUUUUAACUCUCAUUAAAACCGGUCCAUCCUACGAAGAGGCUCUCGCUAUCGCCAAGCAACUCUCGGCAAAAACUCCUCCAAUCGAUUCCAUCGAGGUACUGACCACAACCACUAAAGUAUGGUCGAUGCUAGGCUCGGAGCAUGCCGGUGAGGUGGCCAAGAUGUGGGAGCGUUCUGUUAAGGCACAUCCCGGAGAUGAGGCUCUAACACGAGAAUGGCUAUGGGGAACUGUACGAAUUCUUGAUUGGAGAGGCGCCCAAAAAGCUGCUAUGGCACUCCAGAAAAAUUACCCCAAAAGGAGAGAGUAUUGGUUUUGGGCUGUCCUAACAUGUCUGCUAUUACAUAACUCACUUCCGGAUUCAGCAGUGGACAAAAAGUUGUUCGGUCAGCUUGCGUAUAGGAUGAUUUCGAAGUCGCGAACGGAUACACCUACCGAUACUACCGUGGUACUUCCCCGAGCCAUUCAAACAUCGCAAGAAGUCGGACUCUACCUCGAGGUCCUCCCUUAUGUAGCACCAGAUUCUGCAACAGCUACAAAAGAGGCACUCGAGCUCUUGAGUUCUUCAAAUCUUGGUGUUGAUUCUAAGAUUGGGUCUGGAGAUUGGUGGGGUCUCGUUAGACGGCAAUUGGAUUUGCUGGAGGAGAGCGGCAAUUGGAUGGAAGUGUGGAAGGCCUGUGAGGACCUUCUGCAUGGGGUUGAAGUAAAGGCCAAAGAAUCAGCAGCAGCAAAAACAAAUGGCGAGGCAGAUGCAAGCGAAGUAGCGAAGAAGAAUGAUGGAGCUAGAAUUCCUGAAGCUGAGGGUGAGACAAAGGGUCGCGGGGACGAUUGGAGGGUUUGGGAAGGGUUCGUCAAGGCCGCGGGCGAGCUUUACAACCAAGAAAACAAGGAUCAGGGUAACAAAGCACUUGAGGUUAUUCUGCAACACAGGGAAACCGCAAAGGCGGGUACAUCAAGAAAUGCAGAUCUUGCAUUGGUAAAAUUUGCGUCACUGUUUCAUGAUCACCAUGAGGGGCCGGAAGGUACUCCCACAUUGCUGGAGGCAUGUAAAGAGUAUUUUACACGAACUGGAACAAAGAGCUGUUGUUUCGAGGAUUUGCAGAAUUAUCUUGAGAUGCUGGAGAUGAGUGAGAAGAAGGAGUUUUUGGGAUUUGUGGAGAAGCAUAUCGAGGAUAUGGAUGCCGACGAUGAGAAAUCAAAGAUUUCCAAGACCGCUGCCCAGAUCAACCAUCACAAAUUUGUCUACCUUCUCACCAUUUCCCCCCUUACUAUCACUGCCACCUCUACUUCCUCGGAAGAGGAGGUAAUCCCCAAACUCAAUGAUUUCAUUACAUCAUCCCUCAAGAUUUAUGUCGGUGCCCUCCCACUUGGCUCUGCACUACUUGAUACAGACAACCAAUAUGGCGAUGAUGCCGCCCUUCUCUCUAUUAUGGGUCUCGUCCGCUUGCAUCUCUUGCACUCUUCCAUCACAUCCUCCUCUACUUCAAUCACAGCACAGGCGCCUCUCUAUCAGGCUUUGAUAAUUCUCGAAGCUAUUGUUUCCAAGAGUAAACAUAAUUACCAAGCCCUGCUCCUUCUCGUCCGGCUAUACCUUCUACUCGGAGCAGCAUCCCUCGCAGUUGAAAUCUACCCCCGUCUUAAUAUUAAGCAGAUUCAGAACGAUACGCUCUCCCAUUUCCUUCUCACCCGGAUCAGUACAAUUCUGCCUGCUGAGAAGAAGGUUGGGGCGAUUCUCAAUGAUGCCGGGAGAAUAUAUGAAAGUAGCUCCUCACAAACACCAAACAUGCUUGUUCUCGCCUUUGAGCGCGGAGGCUAUGCACAAAUGAUGGGUUUUAUCGAGUUCAGCGAACGCGUUGCCGGCUCUGUCUGUCGCUCAAUGUGGGAGAUUGAGCGCCGCCGCCUUGAUCGCCUGGGACCACAACAGACCAAUAAGAUCGAUGACUUGGAGACUCUCGAUACUGUACUCAAGGAUGACGCUGUCGUCUGGGAUAACCGUGACUUUGGUGUCCUUGUAAACUGUGAGACAGAACACCCUCCGAGUAUCCCGGCCGCAGAAGAAGGCGGUGAAGCUACAAAGGUACAAAAGAAGCGUUUCGAAGAACUCUUCCGAACUAGUGCCCCACCAGGCGAGAACUGGGUCAAGGCCUUUGCGGUAGUAGAGAAAUUAGUUGUCUACUGUAAAGCCGUUAUAACCGUCACCCACGAUCUCCCGGCCCCCGGCCCGCUCUCUCUACAACCCGAAAACUGUACUUCCAUCCUAAAAAAGAUCCAAGCUGAUCCCGAAACCACCAUCGAAUUCACCGAACCCGAGCGGGACUACAUCGAGUUUGCCUGCCUCCUCACAGCCAUGAUCCAAGCUGCCAUUGCAAAAGAUGGCGUUACCAUAAUCUCCUCCGCCGAGAAAGCACAGUCAUGGCUUAGCUCCCACACCCCCAGCCCUGACAGCGUCCCCAGCGGCGAACCAGAAUGGAACACACUUCACGCCAUGCACCUAUAUAUCGACGCGGCCAUCCUCGUCGGAGCCUUCGUGGCCCCUACGCUGCAAUCCCCGCUGCACAAGCAGCUGCAUAAAACCAUCAGGCCGGCCAUCACGUCUCUCAUUGCCGCUGCCACCGCCUUCCAUAACGCUUUACUUGCAGCAGCAUCAAAGAUUUCCAAGGCAAUCGUGGACGAGGAUGGCAGCGACAAGGAGCAGGAACUAGUCGACCGCGUGCUCGAAUUGGAACAAGGUAAUGUUGGGCGCGCCUUGAGAGAUAUGUCAAUUUUCGGGGGCGUAGAGAAGGUGGUGGAGGGAGUCAGGAAGAUUAGAAGGGAUGUUGCGCGCGCAGUUGAUGGGGGAAGGAAAAAAUAA